AUACCAUCUGGUACGUAUCGUUAUAGCGAUUUGUAUUUUUUUUUCUUCUCUUAUUUCUUUGGUACAGUGUAAUUGAACACUAAAUACACAUUAAUGACAGUUUCAGGCAAUCUAGAUACAAUAGAAAUCAAUGUUAUAUUUCUUUUUCAAUAGUUUUGAACAUGGUAUGAUGUGAAAUUACUCUGAUUAAACAUAUUGAUCUUCUACAAGUGAUAAUCAAUGAUUUAUUUUCAAAAAAAUUAUAUAUACAUAUAUCAAUAGUUCUUUUUUUAUUUAUUUCAGAUAAUAUGCCAGGUGAAGGUAAUACUCUCUCGACAAUAAAUGACCGUCCUUCAGCAUCCAUAUUAUUGAAUUCACCUGAAUUUUAUAAUGAAUUGACGAAUUUAUUAAUUACUGAUGGUAAUAAUGAAUCACUCGAAAAACUGUCAAAUUUACUUUUACCAAUAACUAAACUUGAUGCAACUGCUUGUAAAGGUCCUGUUUUACCCGUUAAUGAUAUACGUGCUUCACUUUAUCGUGUUAUCGAUCUGUAUGGUUGGAAUUAUGGUACAUGUUAUAAUCAUAUUUCUGCUCGUGUUAAUAAUAGUACAGAACAAUUUCUGAUUAAACCUAUUGGAUUAGCAUUUCAUGAAAUAACUGGUUCAUCUCUUGUAAAAAUUGAUUCUAAUGGCUCAAUAAUUGAUCCCGGUAGUACAACAUUUGGUGUUAAUGCACUUAGUUUUUCGUUAUAUUCAUUUAUUUAUAAACACCGUCCAGAUAUCAAUUGUAUUAUUCAUGUUCAAACACCAACUGUUACAGCUAUUUCUGCUAUGAAAUGCGGACUUUUAGGACUUUGUCAAGAAGCACUUAUAUGUGGUCAUGCAACAACACAUCAGAUACAGAUAGAUUCAAUGACGAAUCGAUUAUCCACUGAUGAAAAUAUUCAACAAUCAACAGCUAAAGUUCUUAUACUUCCUAAUUAUGGAAUGUUAGCUUGUGGUACAACCGUUGAAGAAGCUUGGCAUAUAACAUUUCAUCUUAUCCUCGCAUGUGAAUCUCAAUUACGAGCUGUUUCAAUGGGUAUUGAUAAUUUAAUUAUGCCAUCAGAUAGUUCAGCAAAACAAGUUACAAAUACUGUCGGUGCUGGUGGUGGUGGUGGGGUUAAUACAACCGAUGUUAAAUGGAAUAUUGGUGAACUUGAAUGGUCAACAUUAAUGAUCGUAUUAGAUAGAGCUGGUUAUCAUACCGGUUAUAUUUAUCGUGAACCAUUAAUUCGAUUUAUUGAUAAACAAUAA